UGCGCGUGUGUUCACAGAAGAAGCUAGCUAGACAUCUCUACUAGCGCAAUACCACUGCAAUAUAUAGCUAGCAUGGACCAUGGGUGGGACAAGGACGAUACUCAUUGUACCGGCAGACGACGAGCAACAAUAUUGGGAUUAGGCGUCGCUGUUCCGGAGCAUGUGUGGCUGCAGAAGUCGUUCCCGGAUUACUAUUUCGAGAUUACAAAUUGCAAUCACAUGAUGAAUCUAAAAGACACGUUUAAAAACAUUUGUGAGAAGACUAUGAUUGAGAAGAGGCAUGUGUACAUGUCUGACGACUUGUUGAGGCGCAACCCAUGCAUCACUGCCUACAAGGCUCCCUCGCUUGACCUGCGUCAGGAGCUCGCCAACGCCACGGUACCCGAGCUCGGAUCGGCGGCUGCACGGGCGGCGAUUCAAGACUGGGGCCGGCAGGCAUCCGACGUCACGCACCUUGUCUUCUGCACGACGGUGAGCGGCUGCAUGCCCGGCGCCGACUUCGAGCUCGUCAAGCUCCUCGGCCUUCCGCUCUCCACGAAACGCUUCAUGCUGUACCAGGCCGGGUGCCACGGCGGCGGCAUCGCGCUCCGUCUCGCCAAGGACCUCGCCGAGAACAACCCCGGCGCCCGGGUGCUGGUGGUGUGCUCCGAGGUGAUCACCAUGGCGAUGCGCGGCCCCUCGGAGACCCACAUGGGGAACCUCGUCGGGCAGGCCAUCUUCGGCGACGCCGCCGGCGCGGCCAUCGUCGGAGCUGUUGCCGGUGACGACCUCAUGGCCGGCGAAGAGCGUCCCUUGUUCGAGAUGGUGUCGGCGUCCCAGGACAUCAUCCCGGGGACGGAGGAGGCGGUGGUCUCCAAGCUGUACGAGGAGGGGAUAGUGUACACUCUCCACCGGGACGUGGCGCUGCACAUCUCGAGCAACAUAGAGCGGCUCGUCAAGGCGGCGCUGGACCGCGUCGGGGUGGCCAAGGACUGGAACGACGAGGUGUUCUGGGUCGUGCACCCGGGCGGCAGGGACAUAUUGGACAGAGUGCAGACCAAGCUUGGGCUGAGGACGGAGAAGCUGGAGGCGUCGAGGGAGGUCAUGAGGCAGCAUGGCAACACGCUCAGCUCCUGCGUCAUUCUUGUCAUGGAGGCGAUGCGGCGGAGGUCGGCGGAGCGCGCAUGGCGCACGCCAGGAGAAGGCCUCGAGUGGGGGCUUCUCUUCGGUUUCGGCCCUGGCCUCACCGUUGAGACCAUCGUCCUCCGUGCUCUACCCUACGAUUGUCAAGCUGCCGUGUAACAUAUCAUGCGCAAAGACAUAUCCAGCUAGGCAGCUAUUAUUACCUUCUUUACUGAAAUCAGCUUACUUUUUUAUUUGCAUUUCAUGUUUCUUGGACACAUAUUAAACCUUGAAACUUGCAUGGUUUGAUGUUGUACACUCUUUACUUCGUAGGAGGUAAUAUCUCAAAUAAAUAUAAGCCAUUGAUCUUUAUAA